AUGACUACUUAUUUUGAAUACGGAGUAAAACUUACAGAUGGGCAAAAGUCAAAACUGGCUUCUGCAAUCAAAAAUAAAUCACCACUAACUCUUCGUUUAAAACAUUCUCAUCUUCAAGGUUCUGAUGAGUUAAUGCUAACCCAAAGACAAAUUACUAAAAUUAAAAAAUCACUUAGAAAUGGAACAGGAUCAGAUAUAAAGAUAAGUAAAACUCAGAUUAGACGUUCUGUAAAACAUGGUGGAAACUUAUUUUCAUCACUUGCUUCUAUUGGAGCAAAAGUAUUACCUUACGCAAUAAAAGGAAUUUCAAAAGCUGUUCCUGCAUUAGCAACUGGUGCUGCAACCGCACUUGGAGAAAUUGGUCUAAAUAAAAUAUUUGGAAAAGGAAUCACAAUUCCAAAAACGUUUUUUCCAAUGUUACCAGCUAUUAGAGGAGAAUUAACCAAAUCACAAAUAGAUCUAAUAAAUAAAAUUUAUAAAUCAGGUGCGCGAUUGGUUAUCAAACCAACUCGUAAACAGAUAGAAGGAGGAUUUCUUGGAACUCUUGCUUCUAUUGGAAUUCCAAUGGCAAUUAGUUUAGUAUCUAAGAUGUUUGGUGGGAGACUUCAGGUUGAUAGACGUGGAUCAUCUAAUACAGCAAAUGUUUACGUUCCACCUCCUCCUCCAUCCACACAUGGUGAGGGUUAUCCUUAUCACUUUCCACCACCUUUUUUAUGUAGUUGGGAAAACCCAAUAGGAAUGGGAGUUAAAAAAAAAAAGUCCAAGUCCAAAGGAAAAGGAAUAUUAUUAGGAAAAAACAGUCCAUUCAACUCAAUUUCCAUUCUAGGAACCAUUUUGUAAUUAAACCACUGUCCAACUUUGACCAUAUGGAUUGGAUAAAAAGACUUGGAAUUAAACAUUUUAGAGGAAUAUAUAGUCGUGAUGGUCUACCUCAUAAGAUAAAAAAAGAAUGUGGUAUAAUCAAUCUAGAUGAUAUGACAGGCCCUGGCACGCAUUGGGUUUGUUAUAGAAAUCUUGAUUCGGUAGUUGAGUACUUUGAUCCAUUUGGUUUAAUAAUGCCAAAUGAAGCAUUAGAGUAUUUUAAUACUUCUGGAAAACGUAUAGUUUACUCAAUAUAG